UUUUCAAUCCCGGUGUUUUACACCGGCGGUUUAACCUCGGAACCUUUUCACCUAUACGUUCUUUUUGAAAAUUUCAAAGGCUAUCUACAAUAUUUUGUAGAAAUUGUCCGCAGAAAUUUGUAUUUUUCUGCCGUUUUUUGAACCAUCGAUCGCGAAUCGUUGAGAAUCCGUACAGAACAAUGCCUCCUAAAUUUGAUCCGAACGAAAUUAAAAUCGGUAAGUUGAUUUUUCUGUUUAAAAUUCACUUUGAAUUUGGUUCACUGGAACCACUGAGUUGCUCUUAGUUCAUGAGUUGUUGUUAUUGUAGUGUGUUUACGGUGCACUGGUGGUGAAGUAGGAGCUACAUCGUCUCUAGCUCCAAAAAUUGGUCCUUUGGGUUUGGUGAGUAUCCUUAGAAUGGUGCUUGAUUUUAAAUAUAGUAUACAAAUAAUCUAAAAUACUUAUAUUAUUCUGAAUUUGGGGCAUCUUGCUAUAAAAUUCGAAGUAAAGAUUAUAUUAUACGAUCAAUCGAGUGAGUUGCCAAAAAUCUAGAAUAAUCUACCCACGUUAUACACAGGUAUGAUCCUGGUAUAUAUGCAUGAACUUGUAGUUAGCUCAAGUUUGUUUAUAAACUCUGUAGCUCAGCCAGACUGCCAAGUUUGUCACAUGUGCCGAAGAUCUUCCAUUUUGCCAUCCUAGGCACAUUCCUUUAUCGGAGAAGAAAACUUCAGCCCACAGUUAGCAAACUUAGCAGUCUCUGUUGUAUGAGUACUGCACAGCAACUGUUUGAUUCCUGCCUGACAGAGUGGCUAUAGUUUGAAAAUACCCAAGCUAGGUCAUAACUAUGGACAGGCGGUCAACUUGGGCCAUUCCAUUUAAUGUACACACACCCCUAUGGACAAGGUCAAUAAAAUUUGAACCCCUACGAAAAAAAAGAUCAAAGUGUUGACACAAACACACACACCCCAGAAAUUAAGAAAUUUUUGCCUUACCCCUCAGAAAAAACACAAAGAUCAAAGGAUGCCAAUGCACACAACCCCUCAGAAACGGCUUUUUCAAACUCCCUCAGAAAUUCUCGUUCAUAGGGGGAGGGGGGUGUAUAUUAAAUGGAAUGGCCCCUUACGAAUUGCAAGUUGUUCACCAUUGCAUGCACCUUAAACCACAUAUCCAAGAGCCCUUUGUCACUUGCUUUUCCAAGAACAAGAAACCAUUUUAACCCUUCAAGUGGAAAUACAUCUUGUUACACCCUACUUUAUUAUUUUACUCUGUCUAACACCAGAUUACCUGACUGGAAAGUUUCGAAUUUGCACACCGGAGAUUUUGAAAAUUUAAUAGUAAUUAUAUAGAAAGCAUCAAAAUUGUGUGGCCGAUAUCUCUGCCGCGCGAUACAAACUUUCCACACUUAAAAGAAUCGCCUUGGUUUUUAUCAGACCAAGGCCGGCUAUGUAGUUUUCCCUUCGAUCCACAAAAUCACAUAUAAGAUUAAGUUGUAAUCCUCUUCACUUUAGUCGCCUAAGAAAGUCGGAGACGACAUUGCAAAGGCAACGCAAGACUGGAAGGGUUUGAAAGUCACUGUGCAGUUAACAAUUCAGAAUCGUCAAGCCAAGAUCUCGGUUCUUCCUAGCGCAGCCUCGCUUAUCAUCAAAUAUCUGAAGGAGCCGCCACGAGAUCGUAAAAAGGUCAAGAACAGUAAGUGUGGAAAUAUGAUAAGUUAAGCCAAAAAAAAAAGUUGGCUUCAGUCAUGGUCUGAAAUUUGUAAUUAUCCCAAUAUCAACAGGAUGCUAUAAUCAAACUGUGAAUAACAUGUAUCCCAACUGGAUAUUACUAAAUUUCAAAUAUUAAGAUGAUGCUAAAUGUCGUCAGUGGUCUUCCCUUAAUUUAAUAGCUUUGAAUACUAUGAGUGUGCUUUCUUAAAAAUGCCUUUGAUUUUCAACUUGGUGGUCUCGUUGUUGACUGUUGAGUUUCCUAUUGUUAUUGUAAUUUAUAACAAUGAGAGACAUACAACUGUAUUCAAUAUUGAACACUUCAGUGUUGUGAUACUGCGAACUAGAAUAUAUAUUAUCCAAAUGUAGGAUACUAGAUUUUCUGGCUGGACACCAGUUUCAAGUUGCUAGUAUUGGAUAGUGCUGAAAAUUUAAGAUUUAAAGCCCUGUUUUAUGAGGGAGGGUAGGUUGGGAAAACAUUUUUUAUAAAUAAUAUUUUGUAAUCGGUAAUAUUGUGUAUGGUACAAACAUAUAUAGACAAAUAAAUUCUAGUUUACUGUCGUUCCAAUUGAAGUGUUCCUCAAAUAUUGAUUCAAUACAUUACCUCAGGCUGACCAAUUCAUUUGAUCAAGUUCCUCGAGAUAUUCAUACACUUCCUGUGAAAGAGCCAAUUCCAAGUAUUUGAUAAUUUCUGGUCACUUCCUUUCUAUUUAUGAUUGGUUAGUUGCACAAACAACAAAGGGGAUUGGUGCAUUCAAACUAUUCAACAGAAGUUUACAAUUAUACUAGGAAGUGUAUGAAUAUUUCGAGGAACUUGAUCAAAUGAAUUGGUCAGCCCGAGGUAAUGUAUUGAAUCAAUAUUUGAGGAACACUUCAAUUGGAACGACAGUAAAACUAUAAUUAAUGAUGCCACCAUUUUCCCCUUGUAAAAUCAUCUGGUAUUAUACCGAGUCAAAUAAUAACAUAGGGCACAUUAUGGUACAAUGCAACUUAAUAAGUUUAGGGCAGACAAAAUAAACAGAAACUUUAGUUUUGUGAAAAAAGGGGAAUCUUUGCAAUAAAAUGUUUAUGGCUGGCAACAUACAGUACUUAAGAAGUUGGUCGGAAACAUGAAACCAUUCUUAUUUUGUUUGGCCUCCUGUAUAUAUAAAUAUUUAUAAGAGGAUAAUAUUUAUUAAGGAUAAACCACCUUGUAAAAAUGUUGUUUAUUUUCACAUGUUUGUUACAAGUACUGGAAGGUGUUAACUAAUGCAGCCAAUCAGAGUGAAGCUAGUUAGAAAUAUCAAAAUGCUCUUGUCAAUGCUCCUUAAUAAACUUCCUAGGUGAGCUUUGUGCCCUUGGAGCCAAUGUCAGGAAAUGUUUAAAAAAACUUUAAUGUGAGGAUGGUAAUUUUUUAUCUCCAACUAUUCAAGUUGAUUUGUUACAUGCAGUGUUUCCACUUUUUCACAUUGAAAUUUCUUUCAAAUAUUUGUAAAAGGAAAAUUUUUAAAUCAAGUGUUUCCACUUUUUCACAUUGAAAUUUCUUUCAAAUAUUUGUGAAAGGAAAAUUUUUAAAUCUAGUGUUUCCACUUUUUCACAUUGAAAUUUCCUUAAAACCUGCUGACAUGGUUUCUGUAAUUUCUAGUCAAACAUGAUGGCAACUUAUCUUUGACUGACAUUGUGGACAUAGCUCGUCAGAUGCACGGCCGAUCCAUCUCAAGAAACCUAGCCGGCACGGUUAAACAAAUGUUGGGUACAGCACAGUCGGUUGGCUGUACGAUUGACGGAGAACCACCUCAUGAUAUUAUUGAUAAGAUUAACGAAGGAGAAAUUGACAUCCCGGUAAGUUCAUUAAGCACAUAUAUAUCUUAUAUACACUAGAUAGCGCAUCUCGUUUAGUAAAAUUGAAGCCAAGAAUAUUCCAGCGGUUACCCCCAUUUGAAUAGAUGGCGGCCAUGUUGGUAGUUCCCACUUGCUAAUAAACGCUUAAAAAACAACAAUAACUUUCAUCAUUUCAAUAGUUUAAAAAUGUAUUUGGAAUAGGUUUAAGGUUAACUUAAUGUUUAAGUUCCCUGUUUAGAAAUAGAAAACAUACAAAUCUUCUCAUUUCAUGGGAAUAUCAUGAGUCUACAAUCUCAGCUCCAAUCACAACCUGCACACCCGAUUACAACCCGCACACCCGAUUACCUAUAUUACUAUAUAUACAUGAACUUACGGUUACAGCUCAACAGCUGGCCUCUGUAGCUCAGUUGGUUAGAGCGCUACACCGGAAUCGCAGGGUCGUAGGACCCUGUAUAUAAAACAUAAGAUUAUCAAAACUUUGCAUUCUUUUCCUUCUCCUUAUGUUGUUGCUUGUGCUUUAUCUUGCGUUGUAGCGAGGACACAGUGAGAACAACACAAGCAUAAGGACAUCAAAGCGUUCCGCUUGUUUAUCAAUGCGCGUAUGCUUGCGUUGUAGUGACUAGCGAAGACAGAUCUGGGCAUGUUAUUAAUCAAUUUUCUUGUUUUUUUGCAGGAGGAAUGAAGAGGACCAAGAGUGCUUCAAAAUAACGGGUUGUAAAUAAAAUUUGAAAAUAUAAAAUAUGUUGUGUGUGUUUUUAUUCAAUACAUAAGUC